AUGCACGAUAUAGAUGUUCAAGCCACAGGCUUAUCACAGGAGGCCCGUCAGGGACCUAGACCCUCUGGUAUAUCUUCAGGACGGCCUUCGGACCUUGCUGGUCGCAUUACUGCAGGCGGCGAUGUACAUCGUCAGUCUGUCAGAUAUGCAAAGGGAAAGCUUUGGUGCAAGGUCGUUCAUGCCGCCAAUCUAGCUAGUCACUCCCGUGAAGAAGUUGAAGAAUUCGGAAAAUGUAUCCUGGAUGAUUGA